ACUAAGAUUAUGGCUCUGUGAAUUUGUCACAUCAACGUCAAUAUAUGUCAAUGUCAUGUCAUCAUAAUUUUGUAAACUUUAUUCAACGUGAAAUAUAUGAAAUCGAUGAAAAUUUUACAAAAAUAGAAAACUCCACAGAUAUUUACUGAGAGCAAUCAAAAUGAGAAUCACUGUUAAAAAAUUGCAGGGCGGGGAAUGCAUCUUAGACAUACUUCCAACCACAACAAUAACCGAAAUAAAAAAACAAGUUUCUGAGAAACUAGGUAUUCCCGUACAAGAACAAAAGUUAUUGUUAGUAGGUAGAACACUAGCAGAUGACCAAACUGUUGCGGGGUAUCCCACAAUCAAGGACGGAUCCAAAAUAAAUCUAGUUGUUAAAAAACCGGAAGGACAAAUUAUUAAUACAGAAGAACCACUUAAAAAACCAGUAGAGCAAGCCGAAACACCUGAAGUACCAGCUAAAAAGCUUGAUAGACCAUUAAAAAAACUCAGAGCUUCCAUUAAAAAUUCUGAAGUAACAGAGUCAAACCCUGAAGGACUGUACCAAGUAUCAAAAAAAAUGUUUAAAAAACAAGGAAUGAAUGACACUGAAGCUGCAAAUACUGCAAAUAAAUUACUUAGAGUAGUUGAAGACAAGUUUAACCAAAUGUCAUGGGAUGAUAUUGACAAAUUAUGUUUGGAUUGUUUGAUGGAUGAAAGGGGAAUGCGGCGACCCACUGUGGAUAAAGACCUAGACUGUGAAGAUACAUUGUGACCAUACAUAAUGUUGUAAAUAAUGAUUUGUGUUCUACAAGUUGUGAUGUCUAAAGACUUUCUAGAAUUUAUGAUAGAUUUGUGUGUAAAUAAAUAUAUUGUAUGGUAUGUAGUUUGUUAACUCUUAAAAUAUGAAGAGUUAAAAACCUACAUACCAUUGAAUAGUUAAUAUGCUGCAUUCAUUAUAAAUUUAAUAUUAAUAAAGUUAUUAAGACUUAGCAAACUCCCAGCCAUUACAACUAU